AUGAGAAAUUACUUGGAGCUAUUGCAAUUCCUUGAAGAUAAUGAUGAUAAAGUUAGAGAAGUUGUGAUGGAAAAUGCUUCGGGGAAUCUCAAAUUAGUAGCUCCUUGCAUUCAAAGAGAUUUUGUGAGUUCAUGUGCCCUUAAAACACUUGAUGCUAUCAUGGAUGGUCUAAAAGAUAUAUUCUUUUCAAUAUUGGUGGAUGAAGCACGUGAUGUGUCAAUGAAAGAGCAAAUGGUUAUGGUGUUGCGUUAUGUGGAUGACAAGUGA